AUACACCCCCGAUAUUAAUAAAAAUCUCUCGUUGGCAAGGUACCGCCAAAAAAGGCCCGUGGUUUUCUCCCGAUUUGGGUUUCCACGUCAAAAUCCCCGUGUUUAUAUUUUGGUGUAUUUUUAGACUAGUUUAUCGUUUUAGCCGGGCUAAAAACGGUAUACCGGUCGAUAAUUUACACCAUCAUUUUGGCGCCACCCAUGGGACCCGAGCAAAAAGCUUCAUUUUUUUCGGUCAUCUCACAGAGCCUAAAGGGUGAGAAACAAAAAAAAAGAGGAGAAACCUUUGGAUACUCCGAUCAAGAAAGCAUUUCAUUUUCUUAAAACUGAAAUGGUUGAGAAUUGAAAAAGGGGAAGAAUAAAUCAGUAGAGGAAGAUGAAGACUGUCACUAUUUUGGAGGGAUCUGUGUCUUCGCCAUGGAGAUCUCACCGCCCGUCGCUGCUCAACCCUACCGCCACCGCUGCUCAAAUCCACAGUCGCCGCCGCAGCUCAGAUCCGUCGCCUCCGCUGCUACUCAGAGCCGCCGCCGCCGAUGCUCAAACCCGUCGACGCCGCUACAAAGAUUUGUCGUCAUCCCCGCCACUGCCGACACUUGUGCGCCUCCAUCACCAGAUGGCUGUUUUUUUGGUCCCGCCGCGGCCGAACCCGUGAGCCACCACGCUAGAAAAAAUCAAGCCCCGAUAGAAGCCAAUCAUUGCCGCCGACGAAGUAAAUCACCGACGCUGCUACAAAGAUCUUUCGUCAUCCCCGCUACUCUACUACGGGCUAAUAUCCAUAGCCACUGUUCUUAAAAAUCUACCGCUGCAUGAAUCCGUCGGGAAAGUCAUCAGCGCCAGCCCCGGAUCAGAACCAUGGUGUGCCGGUUGUAGAGCAGCGGAGGGUCCCAUGCAUUGAGAUCCAGGUUGGGCAUGCAAGCGGUUUUCCUUGGCGGGUCGGGUUACGCUACCGGCAGUGCCUCGAGUAGUAGGGGACAGGCGUUUUCCUCUUCCACGGAAUCAGAUGAACGGAUCCGGAUCUUGGAAAUCUAGGUGAAUCGAAGCACCCCUAAUCGCCAAUCUAAAUCCCCGGUCCACCAAUUGCAGAGCACCGUUGGCGCCUCCAUUCGCCGUGCGUCAUCCACUCCUCGCCGCUCAUGCCGUCCUGCCCGCGCCCGCACCCACCGGAGAGCAAAAGUUUGUGGUCUCUAUGUUCUGAUUAAAUCUGCGGCACUGAAAAUCUCACUGAAGGAUGUUGUACUCCAUUCACCUUCCUUUCACGCCAUAGAGGAAAUGGGUCACUGAAGAUUCCAUGUGCUAUGUUCUUUCCAACAGUGAGAUACAUAAAGUAAAAGUUGGGAAGAAAGAGCAAUCCAAUGUUUAGAUGGAAGAUGGGUUCAUUUGCCAUGACAACAAAGUAAUGACAACGAAGGAAGGCAAAUAAUUUAUGUGGGCUCAUUUAGGAAAUAAUGGAGUACCUAAUCUAGAGAGGAGAAUGGCAUGGGCUACGUGUUUCCUUUUAACUCUAUCAAAAAAGCCACUAUUUAAUGUGGGGACCCCUCUCUAGAGUGAUAUGGAGUAAUGGGAGAAUCAAUUUUCUCCACUUGCUUUUCGAAGUCGGCACGCCGGUUAUUACACUGGUCUUGCUCAAUACUUUACAAAGAAAGAAAAGAAGACUGAGACACAAGCCGAGCUUGGUACGCUGGUUACGACACCGGUCUUGCUCAGUAUUAAAAAAAAGGAAGACUGAGACACAGGCCCGGCCUGGCACGCUGGUUACUACACCGGUCUCGCUCAGUAUAAUAAAAAAAAUUAAAAUAUGUGACACAGGCCCCGCCUGGCACGCUGGUAAAUAUCAUUCUUGUGCGCGAGACAGGCCAAGAAUGAUAUACACACCGGUCUUGCACAUAUUUUCUCGUAAGUCUGACCCCAAUCGAAUUGGGUACACCGGUGGCUCAGCUGAGCCGUUAUCGGGGAUGCCCGAUUCUUCAAGCCUUUUGAACAAGGCACUCCGGAAGUGGUCUCUGCAUAACAUGAAGAUAUUUGCAUCAGUUAGCCGGGCUAGCAUCGAUCUUCGACAAAGUUGCUGCAACAUACUUAAUUCGUAUUAAGUAACAUCGAUUACUUCGAUAUACUAAUUUCGCUAUGUAUCGUUUACUUAAUCUGUACUGACAUCGGUCUCGACGAAAUAACUACUUGAAGCACCGCCGCUUCAUCGUACUAACUCCGAUGUCGUAUAACUACUCGAAGCAUCGUUGCUUUAUCGAACUGACAUCGCUCUUGUUACGAUAAUUAUUCACGCGAAUUUUAACCACCCUAACACCGAGCUCCUCGGUAAAGAUAAUAAUUAUUUGAGCACGACAUAGGCUGGUCAAAAAAAAUGUUGUACAUAUUAUUUUUGCAGGAAGACCUUCUGAUUCAAGAAAUUAGAGAAUUAAUGAAGACUCGGAGGACUAGCAAUAAUAUCUACCAGUCAAGAAUUCAAAGUACGAAAACUGAAGAUCACACUCGGAGGACUUGUUUACUUUUUUAAGUUGAUGAUUCUCACAACGGUAUACCGGUCGAUAAUUUACACCAUCAACCGCUAAAUUGAAAAUUAAUAAACUCAAUAUUC